AUGGACUCGAUGCGAAGCCUCAACACCUCCCUGCCUGGCGCCUCAGCAGGGAAGCAGGCUGCGCAAAAUGACUCUCCCGAGCAACUCCUCGACGCCUUCAAAAACGCCGCUCUAUCGGUGACGAAACUCUACAAGGCCUCCGCUGCUGCCCAAUCGAAGGCCCGUAUGGACGGGUACCAGGACUGCCUCGACGAUUUGCUGGCAUUUCUCGACAAAGAACGAAUCGGCUUGGGCAAUGGCGACGGUCGGAGGAUCCGAAGUUGGGCAACCGAGCGGUUGGAAGGCAGGGAGAACUCCCAAAAUGCCGAAAGCGACGAUGAAGCGGACAAGCCGGAGACCACAUCUUCCCCUAAUCUCAAUCACUCGAACAGCGAGACGCAACUGCAGGAGGAGACACAAAUGAGGACCGACUCAACAUCUCCCGCUGCCCCUCAACCCGCCCAGGAAGAGCCGGAGAUCAUGCCGAUCACGGUGCCGUCGCAGGACACCUUCACCUUCCAAUCCGCACAUGCCUGGCCUCCUCAGCCUCCGCAGCAAGACGCGUACCUCAACCUUGCAAACCUCGACCUGUCUGAUUCUUCUCGAACACACGACGGCGCAAACGCAAACCCCGCUUCCCGCACGUCAAGGCCACGCCACCCUGCAAAUAUCCCUCGCUCUGCAUCAAGGCAGGGAAACAACCUCGGCCGCGGCGCUGGUUCGAAGCGUAAAAUCAACUUUGCCGAAAUCUUCGACCUGAGCAGCUUGGACAAGAAUAUGUUUGGCGGCGGACCGAAGCGCUCCCGUCACACAUGA